AUGAAGCUGACAGGCUCUGCUCAUUAUUCGCUGUUCCUCUUAUCAUCCAUCCUGGGCCUGGCCAGCGCCGACAAUUCUCACCUGAAAGAUGAUGCCCCUUGUGUGGCUCGCUCGCCAACCAGCGGCAUGUACUUCGACCUGAGGGCGAUCUCGCUAGCGCCACCUGAAUUGAAGAACGGCAAGCAAGUGAAUAAGGAUGACCGUGGCGAGAGCUGGCACGCGAAGGGCCAUGACUACAUGGCCAACUUCACGCUCAACAUCUGCGCGCCGGUCAUUGAGAAGGUGGAAGAUGUAGUGGGAGUGGAAUCAUCGCUCUGGAAGAACGUCAGCGCAUUCUACGAGCGCGAUGGGAAGAUAUAUUCAAUUGGACAGCAAGCUUCGGAUCCUUUCUUCCGGGGCCGUAAGCUCGUCCUCAAUUAUACGAAUGGGUCCCCAUGCCCCGACGACUUUAACACCGCCAGCUCGAACAGCUCCGUUCGAAGGAAAUCCACCAUCAUGUCCUUCCUCUGCGAUCGCGAUGCUCUACCGAACCAGGCCACCCCCUCCUUCGUCGGUACCAUGGACUCUUGCACCUACUACUUCGAGGUGCGCAGCUCUGCUGCCUGUGGCGGAAUUGCGGUCGAUCCGAACGCCGGUGGGAUGGGACCAGGUGGGGUCUUUGGUGUGAUAAUGCUCAUCGCCGUGGCCGCUUAUCUGAUUGGUGGUUGUGCUUAUCAACGAACGGUCAUGCACCAGCGCGGUUGGCGCCAGUGCCCGAACUUCAGCCUCUGGGCUGGGAUGUUCGAUUUCAUUAAAGACAUGUUCGUCAUUAUGUUCUCGUCUGUCGGGAAAUGUUUCCGAUCCAACCGACCGUCGAACAGCGGAUAUACUCGCGCGGGUAGUGAUAGCCGCGGUGGGUUCAUCGGUGCUAUCGGUGGCCGAGGCGGAGGGCAUGGUGGACGAAGGGAUGUGGAUGCGGAAAAUCGGUUGAUUGAUCAACUCGAUGAGGAAUGGGAUGAUUAG